AAGGCAGGGAGUGUGUAAAUUGUGGGGCUACCUCAACCCCUCUGUGGAGAAGAGACGGCACUGGGCACUAUUUGUGUAACGCCUGUGGACUCUACCACAAAAUGAACGGGCAGAACCGGCCCCUGAUCAAACCCAAGAGAAGACUGUCUGCAGCCAGGAGGGCGGGCACGUCCUGUGCAAACUGUCAGACCACCACUACCACCCUGUGGAGGAGAAAUGCCAACGGUGAUCCCGUCUGUAAUGCCUGUGGGCUCUACUACAAGCUGCACAAUAUUAACAGACCCCUGACUAUGAAGAAAGAAGGAAUUCAGACCAGAAACCGAAAGAUGUCUAGCAAAUCCAAAAAGUGCAAAAAGGUCCAUGACAACCUUGAAGACUUUCCCAAGAGCAGCUCCUUUAACCCCGCCGCCCUCUCCAGACACAUGUCCUCCAUCAGCCACAUUUCACCUUUCAGUCACUCCAGCCACAUGCUGACCACACCGACACCGAUGCAUCCUCCAUCCAGCCUCUCCUUCGGACCUCACCACCCUUCCAGUAUGGUCACUGCCAUGGGUUAGCAAGAGACUCCCCUGCUGAAUGCUUACGGUCUCAAAAUGAGAUUUACUUUAUAUACUACUUGCAUUUUUGCAGGCGUGUGGUUAUGGGUCUGAUGUCCCGAAUCAAAUGGGAGGGGG